AAAGUGCGGACGAGGUUGGGCAGCUGGAUUUCCCUCUAACUCUCUCCCUCCCCACCGCCAGCACUGAAGCGGAUGAAAACAAACACUAACGAUGGCGGCGCCGGGGGACGACCGGCUGCUGGGUUAAGGCAGGGGUGUUCGUUUGACCCGUGAGGGAAGCCCUGAAGAGAACCAGUCGACGUGAUUGCGAGAACUUGCGCAGUGCUGCGAGCGAAACGUCCGGGGGCUGCGAUCCGGGAGCCUCCUAAGGCACGAGGUUUCUGCGACCUGUGCUGUCACUGCAGCCCCGGAGCGCGGAACACUCUGCCAGGUGGCGCGGCUGGCCGGCCCCAGGCCCCGGCCUCCGUAAUGAAAACUCCGAGCCACUCUCUGUGCCGCAGCUUCGCAGAUUCCUAUAGGCAAUGGAAACUGACCUCAAUUCCCAGGACAGAAAGGACCUGGACAAGUUCAUUAAGUUUUUUGCCCUCAAGACGGUCCAAGUGAUUGUCCAGGCUCGACUUGGUGAAAAGAUUUGCACUCGUUCAUCUUCUUCCCCCACAGGCUCAGAUUGGUUCAACUUAGCAAUCAAAGACAUCCCGGAGGUUACACAUGAGGCCAAGAAGGCACUGGCAGGGCAGCUGCCCGCUGUGGGACGGUCCAUGUGCGUGGAGAUCUCACUCAAGACUUCCGAGGGAGAUUCCAUGGAGCUGGAAAUUUGGUGUCUUGAAAUGAAUGAAAAGUGCGAUAAAGAAAUCAAAGUUUCCUACACAGUGUACAACAGACUGUCACUGCUGCUGAAGUCCCUUCUUGCUAUAACUAGGGUGACACCAGCCUACAGACUCUCCCGAAAACAAGGGCAUGAAUAUGUCAUCUUGUACAGGAUAUAUUUUGGGGAAGUUCAGCUGAAUGGCUUAGGAGAAGGCUUCCAGACUGUUCGUGUUGGGACAGUGGGCACCCCUGUGGGCACCAUCACUCUUUCUUGUGCUUACAGAAUUAACUUGGCAUUCAUGUCCACCAGGCAAUUUGAGAGGACCCCACCUAUCAUGGGGAUUAUCAUUGAUCACUUUGUGGACCGUCCCUAUUCCAGCUCCUCUCCCAUGCACCCCUGCAAUUACAGAACUGCUGGGGAGGAUGCUGGAGUGACAUACCCAUCAGUGGAAGACUCUCAAGAAGUGUGUACGACCUCUUUUUCCACCUCUCCUCCAUCCCAGUGUGUGUUUACUGUCACAAAGGCACAUUUUCAGACCCCUACUCCUGUGGUGACGGAUACUCUGAGGGUCCCCAUGGCAGGACUGGCCUUUUCCCAUCAACUCUCAAGCUCUCGCCUUUCCUAUCAGCCUGCUGUCCUGGGCCUUGGAUCAGCUGACCUGGCUUAUCCAGUAGUGUUCGCUGCUGGCUUAAAUGCUCCGCACCCUCACCAGCUGAUGGUUCCUGGGAAGGAAGGUGGGGUGCCUCUUGCUCCCAACCAGCCAGCCCAUGGUGCCCAGGCUGACCAGGAGAGACUGGCGACCCACACUCCUGCUGACAUGGCCCACUGUGCUGCCACACCUUCCAGCAGUGAGGAUACUGAAACUGUGUCCAACAGCAGUGAGGGACGGGCCUCCCCACAUGAUGUCCUGGAGACCAUCUUUGUCCGGAAAGUGGGGGCUUUUGUCAACAAACCCAUCAACCAGGUGACUCUGACAAGUUUGGACAUACCCUUUGCCAUGUUUGCUCCGAAGAAUUUGGAGCUGGAGGAUACUGAUCCUAUGGUGAAUCCUCCAGACUCCCCAGAACCCGCGUCUCCUCUCCAUGGCAGCCUGCACUCAGAGGGCUCCAGCGGGGGCAGCAGUGGCAAUGCACACGAUGACUUCGUUAUGAUUGACUUUAAACCGGCUUUUUCUAAAGAUGACAUUCUUCCGAUGGACUUGGGGACCUUCUAUCGUGAAUUUCAGAAUCCCCCUCAGCUGAGCAGCCUCUCCAUAGAUAUCGGGGCGCAGUCCAUGGCUGAAGACUUGGACUCGUUACCAGAGAAGCUGGCUGUGCAUGAGAAGAACGUCCGGGAAUUUGAUGCCUUUGUAGAAACCCUGCAGUAAAGUGUCCUCCAGUACCAGCAGCAUCCCUUUCCUGUGGUCCCAGAGGACAGAGAGCCUCCCAUUUCUCAGCUGCUCCCAUCCCUCAUGCUGCUCCCAGCCAGCUGGAGGGGAAGGUGGUCCCUCCUUGGGGACCCAGAAAUCCUUGCUCUUGGACCUCCUGGAGACUCCAUGGUGGCAGUUAGGCCCAGUGACUGCAUCUGCGAGGACCUGCCCUCUGCCUUAGGAGAUGGAAGAGCCUUUGUAACCAAAGGGCCUCUGCUGGGCCAUCUGCAUACCCCACCCCUUGCCAGCUGCUUCACACAGGGUGUCAUCAGUUCCUCCUGCUGCCAGCCUCCUGCCUGGGUCUACCCUGCAGCUGGCCCCCUGCCUGUCUGUCCUUACCAUCAACCUCUUGACAUUCCAAUUGUUGGCCCAGAGACUGUUGUGAGGCGGAAAGAGGAAGGAAACAGUGCUGGAAGGAGGAAGGAGGGUCCUGCUCUGUCUCCUAGUUCCUGGGGUCAUCUUCCUCUGUCCCCCUCUCACCCUGCCCCUGUGCCCCUGUACUUUUGGCAAUACAACAGGCCUGCCCACUGGUGAGGAUGAGGGCUCUGGGCCCAUCAUCCUCACUGGGAGGGUUGUGCCAGCCCUUAGCAGAGGCCUGUGCAGCCCAGGUGGCUGCCUACGCUCCACAGAGGGAAAAUAAAAACAAAUCCUACACCCCUAGGAUUCUGUCAUUGAGAAUCACAGCAAAGGGCCUUCUCUUCUCCCUCCCCUAUUUCUGCUUCUUGGUUAUAGGACAUGGUAAAUAUUUAUUACUUUCAGAGAAAUCAGAUAUUUUAUAGAGGAAAUAUGUUAUGUUUGCAGUUAGAUGUUUCCCUUGAGAAAGGUGAGGGUGGCCCAUUCCUGAGAUGGAGGCCUCCUCCUGUGGAGAUUCCUCAGAAUCCGGGUUACUCAGCCCAUCUUCCUUCCCAUUAUGUGUAAGGUGGGAUCUAAGAAUGGGGCUGGCCAAGGGCAAGUGACCUCCAGCGUUUGAACUGACAGUAGGCUUUCCCUUGCACCCCUGUGUGUUCCUGGUGGGAGCCUCCAGUCUCGCAGCUUCUGCAGAGUCUUGGGUGCUAACUGUGACGACUCCCCAGAGUUAUGCCACACAUAGUGCCCAGGGGCAUUGUGUGUGCUCCCUACUGUUGGGGUACCUGUUCCUGAUCCUCAGGGCUGGACUAUGGAGCUUUUCCUCCUCCUGCUUUGGCCUGACCAUCACCUCCCUUUAAUCCCGGGGUCUCUACACUGCCCUGGGUUUACAAACUGGAUUGGUUCCCUGUUCAGAAACCAAAGCUGGGUGGAUGAUUGGUUUAAUCCUUCAGGUGUUACUUGAGUAAGUCAAGUGCCUAGCCAUCUGUCCCCAGCCUGACUGGUGGCCUGGCCUAGGAGAACCAGCCUGCCCUGUUCCUCCUGUCCCCUGGGGUACACCUUGGCAGCAGCUGUUCUUUGGUGCAGAUGGUUCUCAACUGCUUGUUAGUAAACUGCAUGUGACACUGUUCCCAUCUACAAGGCUGAUCUCUGGGCACCAGAGUGGGCUCUUGUGGGCGGGGGGACCCUGCCCCUGUGCAUGAUUCUGCUGCCAUUAAGAAAUACUCCCAGCAGUGCUGGCCAAUUGGCUGUCCUGUGUUUGGGCCAGGGCACAUCCUUGGCCCACUGAACCAAUCAGAUUUUCCCCCAAGGCCCAGCAUGGACAAGGGGGAUGGCCUCUGGUAAGUUACUGAUGCCCCAUCUCAGCUGCUGCCCUCUUUGCCUAGCAUGGAAAGGCCCAGGGGCCAUUGUCCACCACAGUCCUGACUUCCUAAUUGUGGACUCUCCAGGCAGCAGCCUUUCUCCAGGGCCCCAUCUUUGGGGAAGCCAGGGAGGCUAAUCCCUGACUGAGCUGUCUGGGAGGAGCCAAGCAACCAGCAAGGCUACCUCCUGCCCCUCAGCCCUGUAUCAUAGGAGGGAGGAGACCUGACCACCAACUCCUGCAGCACCCCAGGCACAGGCUGGGACCAGUCCCGUCUCCAGGUGGCAGGGUCCUUCCUCCUCCAGCCUUCUUGGUUUGGAAAUAACUGAGGUAUACUUCGACAUGUACUCAAGAGAUUUCCAAUAAAAUCUUUU